AUGCAGGCCGCGGUUGGUGACGCGCACGUUGCUGCUGGACGAAAGUCGGUCGGCGACGCGCGCGCUGCUGCUGGACAGUGGCUCGCUUCCAAGGAGAUGUUUAGCUCGGUUGGCGACGCGCGAGUUGAGGGCGUGCCCUACCCGCAGUGGAACCCGAAGCCGUCUCCCGCCGCCGGCAGCGUUGACCAGACCGUGCAGCGAGAGCGGGUCGCCCGUGCGGCAAAGGCGAGUUAUUCGCGGGCGACGGCAGGCUCCAGCGAGAGCUACGAGAAGGCGCUGGACGCAGUGGCGCGGCUAGAGAGUGCCGACCCAGACAGGGCGGCUGCGAUGCGUGCCACGCUGGCUCGCACGAGGGCCGCCGAGCUCUCCGCUGCCGCCAAAGGAAAGCCUCCCAAGCCUCCCGCGGUGCAGGUGCCUCCACCCAAGCCUCCCGUGCAGCCGGCGUUGGAGCGGGUGGCGGCGGCUGCCACAGCCACCGGCGCCACGCAGUCGCCCAAGCGGGAGCGUCCUCAGCCCGCUCAGAUUGCCAAGCUGCGUGCGGCAAACAGCCCGGCCGACUCGGCUCCGUCCUCGCCCUCCGAGUCGGGGUGGAAAUGGCCGAAGCUGUUCAUCGACGUCAACGGCGGCGGCUCGCGGCGGUCUCAGUCCUCCGCCCCGCCCGUUAAGGCCGGGAGCGCGCGCCCGGCGCCACUCCGCGCCGGCGGAAUGCCGACGACGGCGGCGGCGUCGCCGAGCGGCUACGUCGAGCACCGCGCGGGAGGGAGCGGAGCUCCGGCCGUGGCGGCGCUCACCGUGCAGACGAGCGACGCGUCGGACCAAGCGCCGCCCUCGUCGCCGCGCACCGCCGCGAGUGCCGCGGCGGCGGUCCUGGACAGCAUGGGCUCCGCGCUCGAGAGUUUUGCCGCCAAGACGGAGCAGGCAGCCGAGCGAAUAGGCGCCUCUCCGCGCGCCUCUCCCUUUCCGUACAACGACACGCCGGCGCUGCCGCGCUCCCUGUUUGACUCCGCCGCCACGGGCGAGACCCCUCCGAGCACGCCGCUGCGCCGGGCGGUUGCGACGCCGCUGACCACGGCCAAGGAGGCGCCCGUGCCGAUGGGCUUCAUCCUGCUCGGCCUCAUCCUCACGGGCGGCGCGGCGCACACGGCGCGGCGGGCCGGGGGCCUCUGCAGGCGGUCGUACCUCGAGUACGUGCGCAUGAUGGGCGGUCCUCCCGAGGGGCUGCUCUGCUCGGAGGACUGCUCCUCGGUCGCAGACGACCUGACCUACUGGAGGACGAUGGAGCGGAGGGUGUCCCGCUCCGCAGACGGCGUCUGCGACGACGGCGGCGACGGCUCCGAGUGGUCCACCUGCGCCUACGGCUCGGACUGCGAGGACUGCGGCUGGCGCUGGGAGAAGGACGCGGCGGGCGCCAGCGCGGCGAGGGAGGCGGCGAGGGGGGCGGCGAUAGACGCGUGGCACGCGCCGCUGACUCGCCCGCUCGCCCCGCUGGCGGCGGUCGGCCUGGCGGUGCCGUCCCCGUAUGAGUACCACGAGUACCCCUUUGGGGGCUUCGGCUGA